AUUAUCAAUGAAAGGAAAGAAAGAAAAGAGUAAACCAUAUAAGAAGAAAUGAGCCUUUCAUUUUGUGGUAACAACAUUUCUUCAUAUAAUAUUAAUGAUGGUGUAUUACAAAAUUCCUGCUUUGUGGAUGCCCUCAACCUGGUCCCACAUGUCUUUCUGUUGUUUAUCACUUUUCCAAUAUUGUUUAUUGGGUGGGGGAGCCAAAGCUCAAAAGUACAAAUUCACCACAACACAUGGCUUCAUUUUCCGGGACAUAACCUGAGAUGGAUUCUUACAUUCGCUCUCCUGUUUGUGCAUGUCUGUGAAAUAGCAGAAGGCAUUGUUUCAGACUCGCGACGGGAAUCAAGGCACCUCCACCUCUUUAUGCCGGCCGUGAUGGGAUUCGUUGCCACUACAACAUCAAUAGUAUAUUAUCAUAAUAUCGAAACAUCAAAUUUUCCUAAAUUACUUUUAGCCCUAUUCCUGUAUUGGGUAAUGGCUUUUAUUACCAAAACAAUAAAAUUGGUUAAGUACUGUCAGUCUGGUUUGGACAUAUCAAACCUGCGUUUCUGCAUCACAGGCAUGAUGGUCAUCUUGAAUGGGCUCUUGAUGGCUGUGGAGAUCAACGUCAUUCGAGUCAGGAGAUACGUAUUCUUCAUGAAUCCUCAGAAAGUAAAGCCUCCUGAAGACCUCCAGGAUCUGGGAGUGAGAUUUCUUCAACCAUUUGUGAAUUUGCUGUCAAAAGCAACAUACUGGUGGAUGAACACACUUAUUAUAACUGCUCAUAAAAAGCCUAUUGAUCUGAAGGCAAUUGGAAAAUUGCCAAUAGCAAUGAGAGCAGUAACAAAUUAUGUUUGCCUGAAAGAUGCAUAUGAAGAACAAAAGAAAAAAGUUGCGGAUCAUCCAAAUCGGACUCCAUCUAUAUGGCUUGCAAUGUACAGAGCUUUUGGGCGACCAAUUCUACUUAGUAGCACAUUCCGCUAUCUGGCUGACUUACUGGGUUUUGCUGGACCGCUUUGUAUUUCUGGAAUAGUUCAGCGUGUGAAUGAAACCCAGAAUAGGACAAACAACACAACUGGAAUUUCAGAAACCCUUUCAUCAAAGGAAUUUCUUGAAAACGCUUAUGUUCUAGCAGUUCUUCUCUUCUUGGCUCUUAUUCUGCAAAGGACAUUUUUGCAGGCUUCCUACUAUGUAACCAUAGAGACUGGCAUUAACCUCCGUGGAGCUCUGCUGGCCAUGAUUUAUAAUAAAAUCCUUAGGCUCUCUACGUCUAACUUAUCCAUGGGGGAGAUGACUCUGGGACAGAUCAACAACUUAGUUGCCAUUGAAACUAAUCAACUCAUGUGGUUUUUGUUCCUGUGUCCCAAUCUAUGGGCUAUGCCUGUUCAGAUCAUAAUGGGCGUGAUUCUGCUCUAUAAUUUACUUGGAUCAAGUGCAUUGGUUGGUGCAGCUGUCAUUGUGCUCCUUGCGCCAAUUCAGUACUUUAUUGCUACAAAGUUGGCAGAGGCUCAGAAAAGUACACUUGAUUAUUCCACUGAGAGACUGAAGAAAACAAAUGAAAUAUUGAAAGGCAUCAAACUUCUAAAAUUGUAUGCCUGGGAACACAUUUUCUGCAAAAGCGUGGAGGAAACAAGAAUGAAAGAACUGUCUAGUCUCAAAACCUUUGCACUUUAUACAUCACUCUCCAUCUUCAUGAAUGCAGCAAUUCCCAUAGCAGCUGUUCUUGCUACGUUUGUGACCCAUGCGUAUGCCAGUGGAAACAAUCUGAAACCUGCAGAGGCCUUUGCUUCACUGUCUCUCUUCCACAUCCUGGUCACACCACUGUUCCUGCUCUCCACAGUGGUCAGAUUUGCAGUCAAAGCCAUCAUAAGUGUUCAAAAGCUGAAUGAGUUUCUCUUGAGUGAUGAGAUUGGUGAUGACAGUUGGCGAACUGGUGAAGGUUCGCUUCCUUUUGAGUCCUGUAAGAAGCACACUGGAGUUCAGCCAAAAACUAUAAACAGGAAACAGCCUGGAAGAUAUCACCUGGACAGCUAUGAGCAAUCAACACGGCGUCUACGUCCCACAGAAACAGAGGACAUCGCAAUAAAGGUCACAAAUGGAUACUUUUCAUGGGGCAGUGGUUUAGCCACAUUAUCCAACAUAGACAUUCGAAUUCCAACAGGUCAGUUAACCAUGAUUGUGGGCCAAGUAGGAUGUGGGAAGUCCUCUCUUCUCCUUGCCAUCCUUGGUGAGAUGCAGACAUUGGAAGGAAAAGUUCACUGGAGCAAUGUAAAUGAAUCUGAGCCUUCUUUUGAAGCAACCAGAAGUAGGAACAGGUAUUCUGUGGCGUAUGCAGCUCAAAAGCCUUGGCUAUUAAAUGCUACAGUAGAAGAAAAUAUUACUUUUGGAAGUCCUUUUAACAAACAGAGGUACAAAGCUGUCACGGAUGCCUGUUCUCUUCAGCCAGAUAUUGACUUAUUACCAUUUGGAGAUCAAACUGAAAUUGGAGAGAGGGGCAUCAACCUGAGUGGGGGACAGAGGCAGAGAAUCUGUGUGGCACGAGCGCUAUAUCAAAACACCAACAUUGUCUUUUUGGAUGACCCAUUCUCAGCCCUGGACAUUCACUUGAGUGAUCACCUAAUGCAGGAGGGGAUUUUGAAAUUCCUGCAAGAUGACAAAAGGACACUUGUUCUUGUGACUCACAAAUUACAGUAUCUGACGCAUGCUGACUGGAUCAUAGCCAUGAAAGAUGGAAGUGUCUUAAGAGAAGGAACUUUGAAGGACAUUCAAACCAAAGAUGUUGAGCUGUAUGAACACUGGAAAACACUUAUGAAUCGGCAAGAUCAAGAAUUAGAAAAGGAUAUGGAAGCUGACCAAACUACUUUAGAGAGGAAAACUCUCCGAAGGGCCAUGUAUUCAAGAGAAGCCAAAGCCCAAAUGGAGGACGAAGAUGAAGAGGAAGAAGAGGAGGAAGAUGAGGAUGAUAACAUGUCCACCGUAAUGAGGCUCAGGACUAAAAUGCCAUGGAAAACCUGCUGGCGCUACCUGACAUCUGGAGGAUUCUUCCUGCUCAUCCUGAUGAUUUUCUCUAAGCUUUUGAAGCAUUCAGUCAUCGUAGCUAUAGACUAUUGGCUGGCCACAUGGACGUCGGAGUACAGUAUAAACAAUACUGGAAAAGCUGAUCAGACCUACUAUGUGGCUGGCUUUAGCAUACUUUGUGGAGCAGGCAUUUUCCUUUGCCUUGUUACAUCCCUCACUGUAGAAUGGAUGGGUCUCACAGCUGCCAAAAAUCUUCACCACAACCUUCUCAAUAAGAUAAUCCUUGGACCAAUAAGGUUUUUUGAUACCACACCCCUGGGACUGAUUCUCAAUCGCUUUUCAGCUGAUACUAAUAUCAUUGAUCAGCACAUCCCUCCAACCUUAGAAUCUCUAACUCGCUCAACACUGCUCUGCCUGUCUGCCAUUGGGAUGAUUUCUUAUGCUACUCCUGUGUUCCUGGUUGCUCUCCUGCCCCUUGGUAUCGCCUUUUAUUUUAUCCAGAAAUAUUUUCGGGUUGCCUCUAAGGACCUCCAGGAACUUGAUGAUAGUACCCAGCUCCCUCUGCUCUGUCACUUCUCAGAAACAGCAGAAGGACUCACCACCAUUCGGGCCUUUAGGCAUGAAACCAGAUUUAAACAACGUAUGCUGGAACUGACGGACACAAACAACAUUGCCUACUUAUUCCUCUCAGCUGCCAACAGAUGGCUGGAGGUCAGGACGGAUUAUCUGGGAGCCUGCAUUGUCCUCACUGCAUCUAUAGCAUCCAUUAGUGGGUCUUCGAAUUCUGGAUUGGUAGGCUUGGGUCUUCUGUAUGCACUUACGAUAACCAAUUAUUUGAAUUGGGUUGUGAGGAACUUGGCUGACCUGGAGGUCCAGAUGGGUGCAGUGAAGAAAGUGAACAGUUUCCUGACUAUGGAGUCAGAGAACUAUGAAGGCACAAUGGAUCCUUCUCAAGUUCCAGAACAUUGGCCACAAGAAGGGGAGAUUAAGAUACAUGAUCUGUGUGUCAGAUAUGAAAACAAUCUGAAACCUGUUCUUAAGCACGUCAAGGCUUACAUCAAACCUGGACAAAAGGUGGGCAUAUGUGGUCGCACUGGCAGUGGGAAAUCAUCGUUAUCUCUGGCUUUCUUCAGAAUGGUUGAUAUAUUUGAUGGAAAAAUUGUCAUUGAUGGGAUAGACAUUUCCAAAUUACCACUGCACACACUACGUUCUAGACUUUCAAUCAUUCUGCAGGAUCCAAUACUAUUCAGUGGUUCUAUUAGAUUUAAUUUAGAUCCAGAGUGCAAAUGCACAGAUGACAGACUCUGGGAAGCCUUAGAAAUUGCUCAGCUGAAGAAUAUGGUCAAAUCUCUACCAGGAGGUCUAGAUGCGGUUGUCACUGAAGGUGGGGAGAAUUUUAGUGUUGGACAGAGACAGCUAUUUUGCCUUGCCAGGGCCUUUGUCCGCAAAAGCAGCAUUCUUAUUAUGGAUGAGGCAACAGCUUCCAUUGACAUGGCCACAGAGAAUAUUUUGCAAAAAGUAGUAAUGACAGCCUUUGCAGACCGGACCGUGGUGACAAUAGCUCAUCGAGUACACACUAUUCUGACGGCAGACCUGGUUAUUGUGAUGAAGCGAGGAAAUAUUUUAGAAUAUGACACUCCAGAAAGCCUCUUGGCUCGGGAAGAUGGAAUAUUUGCUUCUUUUGUUCGCGCAGACAUGUGAAGGGGUGUCUUAAAACAAUACAUGUAUUUAAAAUAAUGCAGUCAUAACCUAAUUAACAUCAAUGGAUCAUCAG